AUGUUUGAUGAGUUUCCAAGAUGGGUUGUGUACUCAUCGAUAUCAUCGCUCCUUUGUAUCGGAGGAAGCUUUUGCGUUCCGCUCAUCUCGGGGUUUUGUCGGUCGUCCGCCAGCGUGAACUCAAAACUGCUGAACUACGGGCUUUCUGUGAGUGCGGGAUCAAUGAUGACCACUAGUUUGUAUAAGAUGCUCCCUCACGGGGCUGAAGAUAAAAAGAUGGUUUUCCUCGGAUUCCUUGUUGGGACGAUAGUAAGUUUUAUACUGAACUUCGUGGUGCAUGCCUACACAAGCGAAAGUCUCAUUCAUGGUAAUCAUUCAGAUUCCGAUGAUGAUCAUCAUUCACAUCCAAAUGAAUCGGCUUUACUCGAUCACUCUAAUAUCAGCAUCCAAGCACCUGCUCCCAAAAUGAAAAAAGCAAACUCUACGUUAAAGUCAAUGCCUUCUUUAAUCGAUCUGCUAGCUAAGAAUGAAACGCAAGCGGGCAGCUGUUACGGUAGUACUUCCUGCGUGCCAAUGGAGCCAACUACUUCAGCGGGCGCCCCUUUGACUACCACAACAUGCCAUGCAAACCAGGAGGCGUCUGCGAUUGUCUGUCCCGAAAAUGGUAUCGGCUACGAUCUUGAAAAUUUAUCUGUCUACAGAAAUCACUUUCUAUCUGGCAAAGUUCCUUCGUCCCAUGCGGCCGAAGAAGAUUCAUCAUCUUCGCACUCCGGUAUUGCAUCCGUUGAUCAUCACCACCAUCACGUCGCAACACCAUUUUCAAAACUCAUCUCGAUCGGAGUUCAAACUUGUGUCGUAAUUGCGCUGCAUAAGUUUCCAGAAGGUCUAAUCAUAUUCUAUACCAAUAACGAAGACGAUCAUAACCCCAGCUCUUUGGGAUUUUCCAUCUUCCUGAGCUUGGCUAUGCACAACUUUAUUGAAGGAUUUUCGAUGACUCUGCCUCUCUACACUGCGUUCAAAACCAAGUGGCAUGCUGUACUAAUUGCUAGCUUGCUAGGUGGGGGCUCUCAGCCUCUUGGCGCAUGCCUCGGCUAUUUCUUAUUGAGAGGUAAUCAAUCUAAAGAAAUACAUGUGAAUUUCUUGCUGAGUCUCACCUCGGGCUUCUUGUUCGUGAUUGGGCUUCAAAUGUUUCAAACCGCAAUUGGUUUCAGCGAUAGCCACCACCAUCAUCAAAAUGACGCAUCUCCAAGUGAAAAUCACUGUUUAGCAACUACUUGCUUAAAAUGGUGUUGCCUAGGGGCGUUGUUGAUCAUAGGAAGUGGCAUUUUCUCUUAG